AUGAUCGAAAUGCCGGAAAAGGAAGAGCAACGACCACUGUUUACGAUCGCUGUGCUGGUGUCGGGAGUGGUCGGCGGCCUGGCCGUUGUCAUUGCUGUCGUGUAUCUGUACCGUUUCUGUCUUAAGAAACGGCCUCCAGUUACAACGACCGCAGUACCGGAGGCGAAACGCGAACAGAUACGAAGCAAUGCGACAAGUCAGAGCCGGCCACUUCCUUUACCUCUUUCAACUGACCCGAGCACUCCAUUUUUGUCUCAUAGCCCUUCAAAGGAAUAUACAAAGGAAACCGUAGUCGAACGAGAGUCAACAUUUGGUUCACCAACUCGGAUAGCUCAAGUGUUUCCAUUAAUUCCAAAAGAACAUGCAGUACCGUAUAUUCAGCGGUCAAUUCAGGACAUAUCACAUAACAAGUCUUUCCUUUCCGUAUCUGAUGGUCCCAAUCGUGCUCAGUCAGCCGAUCUGCUACAAGCCGAUACGAAUCCCGACAUACGCCGUGCGUCGUUCGAUGUACCGCGAGGAACUGGCAGGCAACUGCCAAGCACCGAAGGACUCGAGGCAGUCGAGGAAAACUUACUGGGUUUCGACAGUUCGCACAUGGAUGUGACGCGUUGCAACAGAAAUCGCCCAAUUAGCGGCGUCUUCCACGCUAUUAACUUACGACGACCAAGAAGAGAUGAGGGGGACUACGGCGGAUCCCGCAAUCCACAACGCCAUCUCUAG